CUAAUAAAAAUGUCAAGAAGCAAACAACGAAACAAGUUUGGUCGCCUCAGCCGCAAAUGCUGCAGCCUUAAUGCUGUGACCUCUGCUUAGCGCGGCGGACGUGUCAGGUUACAAUGUGGUCCCGUAGGAUUCCCCCGUUUAUUUUUGGCGUUUUAGUUUUAAUACUAAGCGUGACAGCAGAGGACGUAGUAUGGCGCUGGUCGUGCGACAACGGCAAGUGCGUCAAGCUGAAGAACGACCCGCGCAGCUCGGAGCCCGCGCUCAGCCUGGAGGCCUGCAAGAUGUUCUGCAACGAGUACGGACUGUUAUGGCCACGACCUACCGGGGAGGCGGAUCUGGGCAACUUCCUCUCGAAGAUCAACCUGAACAGCAUCGAAGUGAAGAUCCUGAAGAAAGGAGCCACGGACGACCUGAUGGAGGCCGCUGCUAAGAGAUUCAAGGAGCAAGUCUCCUUGGCAAUCCCCAGAGGGUCUACCCCCAAACUGACCGGCAAGGCGGUGGACGUCUACUUAGUCAACGAGAAUCCUAAUGAAAAAGCAUUUUCCCUGGAGAUGGACGAGAGCUACGGCCUCCGCGUGUCCCCGUCGGGAGCUGAUCGCGUGAACGCCACCAUCACGGCAAACUCCUUCUUCGGGAUGCGUCACGGGCUGGAGACGCUGUCACAACUCUUCGUCUUUGACGACAUCAGGGAUCACCUGCUGAUGGUUCGCGACGUGAACAUCAGCGACAAACCCGUGUACCCAUACAGAGGUAUCCUGCUCGACACCGCUCGCAACUACUACUCCAUCGAAUCCAUCAAGAGGACUAUUGAGGCGAUGGCGGCGGUGAAGCUGAAUACCUUCCACUGGCACAUCACGGACAGCCAGAGCUUCCCCUUCGUCACCACCAAGCGGCCCAACCUUUACAAGUUUGGCGCCCUGAGCCCGCAGAAGGUGUACACCAAGGCAGCCAUUCGCGAGGUGGUCCGCUUCGGGCUCGAGCGCGGCGUGCGCGUGCUGCCCGAGUUCGAUGCGCCGGCGCACGUGGGCGAGGGAUGGCAGGACACCGACCUCACCGUCUGCUUCAAGGCCGAACCAUGGAAGUCAUACUGCGUGGAGCCCCCAUGCGGUCAGCUCAACCCCACCAAAGACGAGCUCUACCAGUAUCUGGAGGACAUCUACUCUGAUAUGGCUGAGGUGUUCGAUACCACCGACAUUUUCCACAUGGGAGGUGACGAGGUGAGCGAAGCGUGCUGGAAUUCCUCGGAAUCCAUCCAGAACUUCAUGAUGCAAAACCGCUGGGACCUCGACAAGGAGAGCUUCCUCAAGCUCUGGAACUACUUCCAGCAGAAGGCACAGGAUAAGGCUUAUAAGGCAUUUGGGAAGAAACUUCCUCUCAUCCUGUGGACUAGCACUUUGACAAACUAUAAGCACAUUGACGAUUACUUGAACAAGGACGACUACAUUAUCCAAGUAUGGACCACCGGCGUCGAUCCUCAAAUCAAAGGUCUCCUGGAAAAGGGCUACCGACUCAUCAUGUCCAACUACGAUGCGCUUUACUUCGACUGCGGCUACGGAGCGUGGGUCGGCGCUGGUAACAACUGGUGUUCUCCUUACAUCGGAUGGCAGAAAGUAUAUGACAACAGUCCAGCAGUUAUCGCUCUUGAACACAGAGAUCAGGUUUUAGGUGGUGAAGCAGCGCUAUGGUCAGAGCAGUCAGACACGUCGACCCUGGACGGGCGGCUGUGGCCGCGCGCCGCCGCGCUGGCCGAGCGGCUGUGGGCCGAACCCGCCACCUCGUGGCAGGACGCCGAGUACCGCAUGCUGCACAUCAGGGAGCGCUUAGUCCGUAUGGGCAUCCAGGCGGAGUCCCUGCAACCCGAAUGGUGCUACCAAAACGAGGGGUACUGUUACUCGUAAUCUCAACGCUAGCCUCACCAGAUUCGUCUGCGUUCGCCCGGGCUAGAGGCAACAGCAACGGGGCUUUUCUAGAAGUCCACGUAGAGUUUUUUAUUGACUCAAAUGAACAAACAUGUUUUCUUUUUCUUUUACUUAUGGCUUGGAACAGUUGACAGCGGACGACGAUACUUUAAUUAAAUUGAAGUAAGUAGAAGGUUCAUUAAUGCUACAUGAAAAUACUCUUUUGCCUCGAUCAUUACUUGCCCAGGUAUUAUACCUAAAGUCUGUUCGCCGAGAGUUGAUAAAAAAAAUUAAAUAUCAGAGGUUCUAAACUCAUUGUAAAUUGCGGCCCGCUAAUUAUUUUUGUCGAUAUAAUGAAAAAGUUGGUAGAUUAUCUUUUAAAUUUACGGGAAUUAUUCCGGUUAGGGCAUACGUGGGGAUACGGAUCAAACACGUGGCGUCCAUGUGUUGGAUAAAAAGUAUUUCAUUACUAUCAAGUGGCUUAUAGUGUAUCCCAAUGCUGGGCAAAGCCCUACCCACUGUCAUACCAUUCAUUUCGGUCUUAUGUAAAAUAAAUCUAUUCCGUUUCACACAUUGCGUUUCACACAUUGCGGCCCGCCGGCCCGAGCGCUUGACGACAGCUGCGUGGCUCGUACCAUGGUACUCAGUGCGCGUUGUGACAAACGACGCCCGCCAUACAGAAGACAGUCGCUAUUGCAAGACAUUUCAUAAUAUUUAUCAACUCUCGGCGAACAGACUUUAGGUACAACAAAAUAGUUCGUUUCAGCCAAAUAACGUCCACUGCUGGACAAAGGCCUCCCUUAUGGAUUGCCAUAACGAACGGUCCUGCGCCGCCCGGAACAACAAAAUAGUAUUCUUAAGCAAAUUAUGUCACUGUGAUUGAUUACGCUAAGCUUGUACUAUUAAAUGUAUUUUGUCAAUUUGGUGCACUUCUAUUAAUUAGAUAUUAUGUAAGUUACUAGAUAUAAAACUUAUACGUUCCAAUUUAAAUGUGAUGUUUUGCAAUAAAUACUUUUAUUGAUAAAUAAAAUGAUUAAAAAGUA